UGGUCAGGUCCAGCCCAAUUUCUGGCCAGAUCUUGUCAUGCGAACCUCCACGCAAAACGGACGGGAGUGCAUAUGACCUCAAUCCGGCGAUUAGGGUUUGCGGGUUCUCAUGUACCUCGUUAUAAAUCCAGCACUCGGGGAUUUUCUCUCUCCUCCUCCCGCCACCUUCUCUCCAAUUCCUCCCGUCGGUGCUCGCUGUGGUGUUCUGAGGGAGGACAAUGGCGGCGAAGGAGGCUGGGGCGAAGCACGGUGGAUCGUUUCCCCGCCACGAGCCCAAGGCAGCGCCGCCCAAGCCUGCCGAGAAGGCCCCCAAGUUCUACCCCGCCGACGACGUCAAGACCCCCAUCCCCAAUCACCGCAAGCCCAAGCCUACCAAACUCAGGCCGAGCAUUACGCCUGGGACGGUAUUGAUUCUUCUUGCGGGGAGGUUUAUGGGGAAGAGGGUUGUCUUCUUGAAGCAGUUGCCUUCGGGAUUGCUUCUUGUUACUGGGCCCUUCAAGAUCAAUGGAGUUCCUCUGCGUCGUGUGAAUCAGGCUUAUGUCAUUGGAACGUCCACCAAGAUUGAUAUUUCUGGGGUUGAUGUGGAGAGAUUUGAUGGCAAAUAUUUCACAAAGGAAAAGAAGAAGAUGGCAGAGAAGAGUGAAAAUGAAUUUUUUGAUGCACAGAAAGAGGAAACCAAGGCACUCCCACAGGAGAAGAAAGAUGACCAGAAGGCCGUGGAUGCCCAAUUGACUAGAGCCAUUGAAGCUGUCCCGGACUUGAAGGCCUAUUUGGGUGCUAGAUUUUCUCUCAGGGCAGGCAUGAAACCACAUGAGCUUGUUUUCUGAAAUGGCAACGAAAACAUUGGAGCAGCUUUCCUCAGUGCUGUUCAGUCUUCAGUUUUAAGUGGUUACUUCCAGUUUUGGAUGCGAGGAAAUGAAGUUGAUCUUUUUUCUUUUUUUCUUGUGUUUUGGUUUGUCGUUCACGAGGGAUGUUUACUCUGGUCUUAUUUGGUGGGUCGGAUAUUUAGUUAUAUCUGAAUUAUUACUAGAUUGAUACACAUGUUAUUUUUUACCUUUUUUUAAGAAUGAACUUCUCAGCACCAAGAGUAGUUCCA